AUGACUUUCUCGUGGUCCUCUACGGUGGAGAGGACAGCACCCCCGAAAUCCUAUCAUCUCCUCUCCCGUGCUCACUCCUCCUCCUUCGCAGCCACCACCCCCGCGGACGUCGAAGUCUUCUUCCGGCCGAGAGCCUACGGAACGACCCGAUCGAGCAAUCGCCACCACUCGGACCACCACUCCGACCACCAAUCCGAUCACCAAUCCGACCGAGCCACCACCUCCCUCCGUGUCGACCUCGCCGACGCGAUCCAAUCAAAGCCAUCAUCGCCGUCCAUCAGUCACCAACUACUACCAUACCCUACCUCCCUCACAUGUCGUCCCACCACCUCCACCUCCACCACUGCACGCAACAACCCUACCGCCCGCUCAGACGUCUCCUGCGCUCGGACAAGCGCCGGCAGAAACCUAAGCCAAAUCCUGUCCCUCUCCUACCUCGACUUCGACUUCCACCUCCCAGACAGCGGCCGCUCCUGCGCGGUGCGCUUGGCCAUGAGCGCUUGCAUCUACUGCUUGAUCCGUAGCAGGAUGACUCAUCCCUUCGUGUCGACAUGGGAGGUGACGAGGGAGGAAAGCGUGCUGUUGAAGUGGGUGAGUUUGUCGGACAAAGCGGCGGAGCAUCCGCGGGUCGGGGAGGAAGAGAAGGCGGGUGGUGGUGGAAAGGGAGUCGUAGGUCUGGGCACGGCACAUUUCAGGUUGACAAGCGGCGAAUCGAAGUCGAGCGGCGGUGCGAUCAGCCUCGGCGGCGAACCGCUGGGAGGCGGUGAUGCAGCGGUGGUGGAGUGA